UCUGGGUCCUUUCUUCACCACAUGCAAGCAAGAUGGCCAGGUGGAUACUUCAGAGUCUCCUUCUCUGGGAAGCGUUGCUCCCAGCUGUCUGGGCCCAGGUGCAGGGGCGCGUGGGGGGUUCCGUGUUGCUGGAGGCAGAGGUGCCCCCUGGUUUCCGAGUCCGUGAGGCCAUCUGGAGGUCCCUGUGGCCCUCAGAGAAGCUUGUGGCCACAUUCUUCCAUGGGGCAGCAGAGAUUCUGUACGACUCUAGAUUCCUGGGCAGGACGCAGCUGCACAGCAACCUCAGCCUGGAGAUCCGGCCACUAGAGCAAGGGGACAGCGGUAACUUCUCAGUGCUAUUGGCGGACAUCAGGGGCCAGACCAAAAGCCAGACCCUGCAGCUCACCGUGUACGAAGCAGUUUCGAGACCCACAGUACAAGUUUUCAUUGCUGUAUCAGGUGGCACCCAGCCACCCAGGACCUGCCAAGUCUUCCUAUCCUGUGUGGUUCCCAAUAGCAGUGAAGUGACCUAUAGCUGGCAGCGGAAGGAUGCAGCUGAGCUUGGGAACCCCCAACAGGGUCUUUUCACUGAUAAUCAGGUGCUGAGGAUCACCCUGGGGCCAGGGGAUGAGGAUACCGUCUACUCUUGCAUUGUGUCCAACCCUGUCAGCUGGGACGCAGUGACUGUCACCCCCUGGGAAAGCUGCAUCCAGAAUACGGAGCCAGGAGAGAAAUCCUACAAAGACAUCCUGCUAGUGGCAGUGCCCAUCUCUCUGCUCUUGUUGCUGGCUGGGAUCCUCUCCAUAUGGCACUGUGCCCUCUGCUCAGGGAAAAAAAGGAGAAACAGCACUUCCAACCAUGUGACCACAGAGACAGAGACACCUUCGGUGUAGGUGGACUGCCAAAAGCACUU